AUUUAUUUAUAAAAUGCAAUGUCUGAGAAUUUGCGUCAAUUAUCAGGAGAGUUUUACGAAUUCAAUAUACUUACAGAUUAAUGUACGUUUGUACUUUUCUAUGUAAGUAGAUUAAAGAAAUGGAAAAGAAAGAAGAUAACGAACAAAACAGUAAAAAAGAGUGUGCGAGUGGGAUGGACACACAAAAUGGUAGUAUUAUGAAUUGGGGGAGAAUGCAUUUGCAAUCAUUUUUAUCUGUAUUAUCUUCCAAGGAACUUGGUCCAGGAGAAGUUACAGCUAUUGCGAUGAGUUUGGUUUUUGGUAGCUUUGUAAUUGUUCUACCAUACACUGUCAAUCUAGUUGGCUUACCGAUAUGGAUAAUAACCUUCAUAGUUGUUAUACUACUUGUGAGUUACUCGAAUCACCUAAUGAAUGAAUCCUGCUUGCGAAUGCUCGAGGAAUAUAAGGGAGAGGAAUUCGUACGAGCACCACAGAUGAAAAUUGCAAAAUUGGCCGGUGGGAAUGCUUUUCAAAAGCUUGUUGUUGGAGCGCUAUACACGAAUUUUGCAUUUUUUGCUAUAUCCUUAAUUUUGGUUGCAUCCACAGUACUUGGUGAAAUAGUUUCGGUACCUGGAAUAUCUGAGAUAAACAGCGUGAGAUGUUGGGUUGUAAUUUCCACAGUGUGCAUUUUCCCUCUUGUACAGCUUGGAUUUUACAAGGACUUAAAGCAGAGUGCCUUUAUUGCUCUGACAACUUCAUACAUGGCUUUGCUAGUCAUUCUUUGUACGAGUGCUUACAUAUUGUUAAUAGGUAAAAUACCUACUGAAAGUGACAGCAAAUAUAUUCACCCUUAUCCUGGAAAUGUUUUCAGAGUAUUUGGUACCGUAUUUUAUGCUGUUGGAGGCAUUACAGUGACGACUCCUGAAAUAAUUGUUUUUGCAAAUGAGCCAAAGAAAAUGGACCAGAGUAUUUUUGUCGCAUACACCAUGUUGACAGUCAUUUAUAUGGGGUACAGUAUCAUAAUGUAUGGAGUAUUUCGAGGAAGUAUGAAGCCAACGACAACUGCCACUUUGCUGCAAGCUAUUGAAUUGAAUGGAAACGCAGCAAUCCCCAGAACGUGUAUCUUUAUUGUCCAGUUGGGAAUAAGUCUGCAUUUUAUGUUAGCAGCUGUUCUGUUUUUAAAUCCUUUAUUUACAAAUAUAGAAUCAAACUUCAAAAUGCCUGUAGAGUUUACCUGGAAAAGAUUUGUUCUUCGAUCUUGUGUACUUCUGGCUGUUACAACUGUGUGUCUACUUCUACCCAACUUUCAAUCCGUCGUUUCUUUAAUGGGCGGUACAGUGUUGGUUCUUUCUUCAACAAUCCUUCCCAUUAUUAUGUAUGCAAGGCUCCACGAGUUAACUACAUCGAAAAAGAUAUUUUUGUUUUUUGCUUGCUUAUUUGCUGCUGUCUGUAUGGUUGGAAAUUUUGUCGUGUCGACUCAAGAUAUGGUCAAUGGAGUUGCGUUGUCAUAAUAGAAUUCGUAGGGAACUUUUUAUUAAAUAGUCCAUCACCUCGAAUUUCGAAAAUGAUCCUGAAAUUAAGCUAGAAAAUUUAGUAGAAAAAACACGCAGGUGAGACAUGCGUUGUAGCUACAAUGUUUAGAUGGCUAAUCAUGAAAUUUAUACCAAAUGGAGUUAAAAUGAUUAAUCUACAUAUAUCAAGUUGGAAUUGAAAAUGUAAUUAAGAAAAUCAAUACGAGAAAUCCAACAAGAAACUUGUUGUUGUAAUUUUAAUUUGAUUUUAUGUCUUGUCACUGGCCACAAAAAAAUGCGGUGAGGAACAAAAGCUACUUCGGCGACAGAAGUUUACAUUUUCAGUAAUUUUCGAAAAUUUGUUACAAACGCCUGAAAAAAUUGCCUCAUGUCCCUACAGCAUGUCAUAAACAGACUACAGGAUCUAAUGUUUAAUUUGCGGACCACAAAAUAAAAAAAAUGUGAAACACGGAAAAUUGUGACCAAACUAUGUUUUGUGAAUAAAAAUUUGGUGUCAUAAUUUAAAUUUAACAAGGAGUUUAAAAGAACUACUAUAAAUUAUUUUUCUUAAAAAUAGAAAACAUGCGUAAAGUUUUUAAUGCCAUUAAUUGAGUAAGGAGGUAGUAUGCAAAAUUACCUAGUAUGUAAGCGCAUAGUAUGUAAGCGUCCUUGUCCUCAGGGAUUCUUGUCUUUUCGAUAGGGAUGUCAAGUCUUGACUUUAUAAAAUGAUAGAAGAGCUUUCUGCCUUGCUAGCGUCAAAUAACAAAGAUCGACCCAACGACAGUUUUUAUUAGGGCUUGGUGUGUGUGAAGGACGGAACGUAGUUAGAGAAAGUUAUAACUUUCUGACCCAGCAGCAACAAGUGUUAGAUAACGUUUGGGAGAAAAAACAGCGGCUUUCAUUGACUUCACGUCGUUUUUAUGAAACUACACAGAAGAAAUUCCUAGCAAGGAUUCAAAAAGUUAUUUUUAUGCAAAAAUUGCUCGAAACAACUAGAGUUGUUCGAUUUGUUAUACCUAUUCGGAAACGCAAAAACAGUCUGGUAACGGGAUACUUCGAGUUAUAAGGUCAGUUAAUUCACAACCAGUGGUCAUUUCUGUUUUUUGUUGAGUAUCGUGAGGACCAUAUAUUUUAGGAUCAAACAUGUAAUUUACGAAAUAUAAAGAAAAUUUGACCGAAAAAAUAGCGACAUUGUAUUAUACUCACAGUACAGAUAAAAUAAGGACCAGACGUGUAAUUUUUUGAUA